AUGAAUGGAAACUUGUUUCAAGGAACCAUUCCAGAGUCUCUAAGGAAUUUAAAAGGUAUCCAAAGGCUAGAUCUUUCACGCGAUAACUUGUCUGGGCAGAUUCCAAAGUUUUUUGAACAAUUUCUUUUCUUACAGUAUUUGAAUUUAUCAUUCAAUAAUUUCGACGGUGAAGUGCCCAAAGGAGGAAUCUUUAGAAACGCCAGCGCUAUUUCAGUCGUUGGAAACAACAAACUUUUUGGAGCACUUUAUUGGAAAAGAAAUUCUCCGAAGAAAGCUUCUUCUCCAUCUUCCACAGAGAAUCAGUGGUUACAAGUUUCUUUUUCUGAUCUCCUUCGAGGGACAGAUGGGUUUUCUUCAGCUAAUUUAAUUGGUGUGGGAAGUUUUGGUUCUGUAUAUAAAGGAAUUCUAGAAUGCUUUGAAACACUUGUUGCAGUGAAGGUACUCAACCUCCUGCAACAAGGAGCUUUGAAGAGUUUUGUAACCGAAUGCGAAGCAUUAAGAAACAUCCGACAUCGAAAUCUUGUCAAGAUUUUAACAGUUUGCUCGAGCAUUGAUUUUAAUGGAAAUGAUUUCAAAGCUCUGGUGUUUGAGUACAUGCCUAAUGGUAGUCUGGAGAAGUGGUUGCAUCAAAUGUUGCAUCUUCAUCAUCAUUUGAAAACACCAAUCGUUCAUCGCGACCUAAAACCAGGCAAUGUUCUUCUUGAUGAUGAUAUGGUUGCCCAUGUGGGUGACUUUGGUUUAGCAAGGUUCCUCUCCGAAGCUGCAGAAAGUUUCUCUCAAAAUCAAGCUAGUACAUUUGGGAUUAAGGUAUCGAUUGGGUAUAUUCCUCGAGAGUAUGGGAUGGGUGGUAAGGCGUCCAAAUUGUUGGAACGUCUAAACCAAAUGGAUGGUUCAGAUGCUGAUCUUUUCAUGGCAUUUGAAAAACCACACGUUAUGGAAUUUUCACAUUUUGCACGUGCUGUGGCUGGUGGAUUUCCAAACGUUUGA